AUGAGACUAGGCACCAAGAGCUGCACCGAAUGCAGACGCCGAAAAGUUCGAUGCAUCUUUCCCGAGGGAUCAGACAAAUGUCGACAGUGCAAACUCCACAAGGCGCCGUGCAGGCCCCAGCAGGCUCCAUCAAGCAGCUCGCCGAGCACAGCGAGUCUAUCACCGGACUAUGUGCAAUCGAACGAGGCCACUGUUGAGGCUCUUCGACUGCGAGAAUGUCAGAGACUCGGUCUACCGCUAGAUACAUCCCUCGGCGCCAUCUUUACCCAUGUUGUUGGCAACUCCAUCUCGUCGAGGAGCACCUCCAUUGAUCAAGACUUGGAUGCCACUGUUGUCCUCGAAAACGCACCGCUUAUGAAGAAUCUUAGAGAGACUCUGCCUACCCAGCCUACUUUUGAAGCCGAGUUACCGACCCGGCCACAGGAACCUUUUUCCAAUCGUUCUUCAGUGCCUUACUUGCCCUGCGCCCCGACACUGGUCAGCAUUUUUGAGUAUACGCAGCAAUUCUGGGCCACUUGGCCCCUGGCAUUCACGCCUACGGAGACCAAUGAAAGAUGUUUCCCUGACUCUGUACCGAUGGCCAUGAGGUUUAUUCAGCAAUCCGUCGGGUCCGCAAACCCAGGCGUCGUCGCAAGAGCUCUGGUCUGGCUCAGCAUUUGCCUCCAAGAGCUGCCCAAAGACUUCAACAAGGACACACCUUUGGCUCUUCCUUGGAAGGCGUCCAAGCUCAUUGACUACUACCUUAAGGAGGUGGAGGAGCUGCUGCAAACACACUCGUCUCCCGUCUGCAGCCUGGAGUUUAUCGAGGCCCUCACGCUCCAAUACGAACUCUUCAUCUUCAUGGGUCGUCCAUGCAGUGCUUGGAAGAGCACUAGGACCGCCUUGAACAAUGCCAUGAUACUGGGUUUGCACGGGUUCGCCCCGAACGGACGGAAAAAGGAGAUAUGGAAUGCUCUAUGGGUACAGGAUCGACACCUAUCGUUAUUCCUAGGACUACCUUAUGCUGUUCCAGAGCACUUCAUCCGCCUCGACCGAGUUGACGAAAAUGAUGUCCUGGAACGGAGGAUCCUUCGAAAGGUGGGCAUAAUUUCGGGCCACAUCACCGAUCGAAAUUGUCACCAGCUCGAGUCGUCAUAUUCAAGUACAGCUCGGAUCAUAGAGGAGAUGGACCAGCUCAAGGAGAUGAUACCGACCGAGUGGUGGGAACCCACCGAGGCUGACAUAACCGGGUACUAUGGCAUAGACUUUACACGUCGUGCCAUCAUCCUCUUCUACUAUACAACUAACAAGCUGCUGCAUUUGCCUUAUGUGCGCAUGGCAGCCCAAGAUAAGCGAUACGAAUACAGUCGAACCACCGCCUUUGAGUCUGCCGAAGGAAUGGUGCGAGCAUACCUGAACAUACGAGUCCUCGGGACUGCGCCCAUGAGCUGCGACUUUGUCGACUUUAUGGCCUUUAGCGGAGCUGCCAUUCUCGCUGCCGACCUGAUAUCCAAGAGUAUCCCCCGUUCGGCUGAAGAAGAGGAGAGGCUGUGGAAGCUGAUCAUGGAACUGGCAAAAAGCAUGAGAGAUAUGACCUCUGUGCUAGACUGCUCGGUAGCGACUCAGGGGGCCGAGGUUUUGGAGAAUCUACAUGCGGCGCGACACGGGACAUUCUUUGGACCCGAGAACUUUGAGGUAACCAUACCUUACUUUGGAAGAAUGCGCAUCUCGCGGGUCGAGAAGCCGGCGCCUGCUCUCCCCCAAAACGUCAUCGAGUUUGAGACCAACGUCUUCAACAUGCAUCUUCCGACCGACCUCCAGCAAUCGUGCGAGCUGACGGAGAAUUGGAGCUCUGGGUGGGAUUUUGAUUAUACGUAUGAGUGGCAGGACGUGUUUAACUUUGAGCAAGUCGGGUCGUGA